CCCAAUUUAAAACUAGAAAAUUACGUUUUUAUCGUGUCAUUGUGUUUUCGGGGGAUGCUUCAUUCAUUGCAGAAGAGAUAAUGACGAAUGCGUCGAAUUGAGAUCGGUGUGUUUGUAUUGCCGCCACUGCCUGGUGCUGGAGUGUGGUGGCACUUUGAAUUGCAUCGAGAGGCGAGCUGAGUGGAGGAGAGAAGAAUUCGCGUGUGAUUGGCAUUUGUCACUGCCGUACAUUGGAGAAUUUACCUUCGUGGACUUUUACCGUGUACCAACAUCCUUCAUUAACCAAUAUUUCAUCGUGAUAAGCGAAUCUUAUCCUGUACAGCUCAUAUAUUCCUGCUGUAGAGAAUGUGAAUGAAGUGCAUCAUGGCCUGUACGGGUUCAUGGUUUAUCCAAUUUUUCUCCCCGAAAAUAUAUUGCGACCGGCGUGGAUAUGGUUUUCGGGGCUGACUUGACACCGUAUCGUAUUCACUCUGGUGAUCUGGCUCAACCAGGGACUCACCUAACACCUGUGUUUUGGAAGCGAAAAGAACUUUCAAAGCUUUGCCGGUGUUCUUCCAUCUCGACCUACUUGAUACGUAAUUCUUGACUUGGUAUUAGUGGGGUUCAUCCGAUGUAACUAUUCUCUAACCUUGCGAUCUCACUGGUGAUAAUGCACUGAAGGAGCUAGUGAGAAUGCCGUGGUUUCAUGAAUGUCUUCUACUCAUACGUACACUUCAAUUUGGCUUGAAUAUACAUAAAUGCAUAUUUACAUACAUUAAAUAAAAAUCGAAUGUUCUGGGUAUAUCAUAUGGCACAAAUUUGGUCUUUGAACUCUACAGGUACACUUAUGCAAUUCCUUCAUUUUCAAUUACAGAUAAUCUCUCUCUCUCUCUCUCUCUCUCUCUCUCUCUCUCAUACACACACGCCUGAAUAAAAUUUAUUUGUGUUUCAGGUGAUGGAGACUGUGCCGGCUAUAGAUUUCUUUGAAGAUUUUUUCCUGACAUCUGGUGACAAGUAUCCUUCGCUUAUGCAGCUGCCAUUUGCCAUUCGCGAAAUUCAAUGGGAGCGGUCGCAAGCAGAGAAAGUGUAUGUGCAGGGCAAGUUCAAUGGGCUUCAAGAAGUAUCUGUUGAAAUCGACCUGUGGAAAUUAGAGCUUCCGAUCGUUGGCAAGCCAAAAUUUUUGAUUCAUGAAGCAGCUGGUGCAUGGAUUGAGCUUCGUAAACCGCGUGACUUUUACUUGGAGACCAUGAAAGUGGUUAUUGUUGCAGCUCAUUUCUUGAUAUUUGCCAAGCAGAGCCCAGAAUCUACCAAAGGUGCUGUGUGGCGAUACAUCCGCAAAGAGUGUAGUGAGUUCAAAGUGAAGCCAAACCAGAAAGAUUUAUCUCCUGCUUUUCUUCUGCUCCAAGCAAUAGUGACUAGCGAUCCGAAAUUACAGGCAUCUUCGGUUAUAUCACAGUUCUUUCCAAAACUAUUUAAGAAGUGGGGACCUCGAUCCGCCAAGGUUCGUGAAAGGAGCAUGUGGAUUAUUUUUCUGUUUUUCUCUGUGGGUUCGGAUGCGGAUGCGAAGAGAUUGCGAGUAAAAAGGGAAAGUUCACCUGUUUCGGAGGCGCUUAAAUGUGAAGGGUUAAGCAAUGGAAAGAACACUUCCAGUAAUGAAGUUGAAUCUCCUUCACUAGCUUACGAUAGUCUGAAUGGAGAACCGAGUUCGCAAUCCAUGCGCAGGAUGCGUAGUCUUGCUGAAUUUGCUGUAGAGGCUGAUCUUCCCCUUUCAAAAAGGCUGACACCAGUGCCAAAGAAGAGAAAACCGGGACGACCAGCACGUGGAAACUCUUUCAGAAAGGGAAAGCGAAGUGCCAAACUUGGCGGAGAUGAAGAUUGGGCCGAUGAGCCUGAUGUGUGUGUUUUCUGUGAUGAUGGUGUGGAAGGUAGUCAGCGACUUCUUUGCUGUGAUGGUCCAUGCAUGAGGUCAUUUCAUCCUACUAUAGACUCUGGUUUGCAGAACAAAUGCAAAACUCUUCGCCUUACCAGAGCAGCCAUUAGUGUUGAGACUUGGAUCUGCCCAAACUGUGAAGUUGGGCAGCAUCAAUGUUUUGCGUGCGGAAAGCUUGGAAAAUCCACAGAGUCAGCAGAUGAGCAGGAGGUUUUUGUAUGUGAUCAUAACCGAUGUAGGAGAUUCUACCAUCCUGCUUGUGUGGCAAAACUCCUUGUUUCUGAAGCAGCACAGAACAAUUUGGCUUGUCGCAUCCAAUUGAAGUUAGAGACCUUUACUUGUCCCCUGCACAAGUGUGCAAAUUGCAACUUGGAUGAAAAUAAAAUAGACCCUACUCUGCACCUCGUCAAGUGCAGGCGGUGUCCUGUAGCAUGGCAUGAGAAAUGCUUGCCACAAGUAUGCCGGAGUCAAAUUUGGCCACUUGCAGACGGCAAGUGUGUUAUGUAUUGUGGAAAACAUCGACUUGAUCCAGAGUUGCUGACUCCAGAGCGUAACCACAUCACGUUCCCAGCCGGCUCCAAAUAUUCAGAGUCUUUAUUGUCAUAUGAAGUACCAGCUUCAGAUAUCAACCCCGAAACUAAGCCUUUCGGAGCAAAUCUAAAGUGAGAAUUAUAAUUCUUCGAAUUGGAUUUUAGAUGCUACUGUCGAUCAUUAUCGUGAGAGGGACAAUUUCAAAAUCUUGACUCAUAAAACAAUCGAGCAGAAAGUGAAACUUUCUCCGCUAAAUUUGAUGCUGUGACUGGAUUAAAACUGUCCAAUAGGAACAAUGUGAAAAGACCAAGACUAUAUGGGCUAGGGAAGCACGCAAUGAUGCUGACUUGUACGUAGUGUGUAAGGAACACUCCUCGGCAUUUAACCAGAUCCAGUAUAAAGGAGAGAAUUUUCCAAUUGAGUAAUGGUUUCAAGUUCAGUUUUGUUAUUCCCAGUUAGAAAAUGUAAAGAAAAUGCUGUCUUCUAUUAGUCAGCUGCAAACGUUUGCCCGGUGCGUUUGGGCAACUUUGGAUGUUGGACGAAAUUUCCAAUGUACAAAUAACCCUACAGAAUGAAAUUCUCCCUGAAGUGCUAGUUAAUCUGACUUGUUAUUUAUUUCGUGACUUGUCACGUCUUUCGUUAGUUAUUUUGUCCUUUCGCAAAUCUUAGAGAUGCUGCAUCGAAAGGAAGUAACUCGUUAGGGUUAUUUUUUGUGAUUCAGAUAUUAAAUAGUUAUUAAAUAAGAUCUGUAUUUUUAU